AUGGUGGUGGCUGUUUGCCUGGUUGUGUCCAAACGGCCAGUGUCCCGAUUAAAGGAGGCUCCGCCCAGCCGGUCUAUCCCAACAGUGGCCUUCCUGGUGGUAGGGGCGCUGUUGUUCCUGCUUCUGGUGGUGCUGGGUAUUCUGCUACUCCAGAACAGAGGGCUGAGGAGAGCCCUGUCUCAACGGGACCACGCCCCUCUGCAUGAAGCUGUCUACGAGGAAUUGAGAGUGGCCUAUCAGAGGAUCCGCCCUCUGGGUGAAGGCGUGGGGGACAGCGAGGGACACUCCCUCUCAGAUUCAGCCAGAAGUUCCCAGAAGUCUCCUUGCUUUCAGGGAUCUGGUGAUGGAGGAAAACCGGAGAACUAUGAUGAUGUCAUCCCAGCGGAUAAGCAUCCAGACAGUGUGGCAGGGGAGCUGGUGGAGGGAGAUGCACCAGAGCACUAUGAUGAUGUCAUCACCAUGCAGCUGGGCCCAGAUGCUUUUCCAGGGGAUCAUGUGACAGACACAGAGGAGAAUUAUGAUGAUGCCGUAACUGGACUGGAUCCAAGGGAGAGUGUUCUGGCUGAAACCCCUCCAGCUCCCAGUGGGAUGGACUAUGAUGACGUGGGGGAGUAGCCUCCUGAAAGAGGAGAAGCACUGUGAGAUUGACAGUUUUAACUUUGGAAGUGUCCACCCGCAAGUUUGGAUAGAAUAACUUACAUGGACUCCUUUAUCCUACAUGUCUGAAGCAAAUGUUUUAAUGUCAUAAAACCAUAUCCCACUAGAUCAGUUGUUCAUGAAUUUAUAAUUCACCCAAAAUUAUUUACUGUGGACUCCUUAGCUCAUUCAUAAAUUAGGACACUGGAAAUCCUGGUACUUGUAUACAUUAAGAACAAUAGCUUGCAUUCACUGACACAAUGAGACAGUUACUUUUUCUGACCAAGAUGAUGAUGUACAGCUCAAACUACAUCAAGCCAGUACUGGCCACUUUAAUAUGAAAUUAAUGUAUCAAAAGUUUUGGAAUGUAAAAAUGAAAACUGUGCUUUAGCCUGUGUAAGCUUUUGCUUUAGAUUUGUUUGUAUUUACAUCAAACCCUUUCAGUUUUGGCUGCUGUGUUCAUCAUGUGCAGGUCAGAGCUGUCCAUGUUGGCUCUCUGAUUGACACAUGGAAGGGUAGCCAGACAGCACUUAUCCAGCAUCCCAACAUGCUCAUUUGCAAGAUCACAUUUUUAAACAUGCUUUUAUUGCACAUAGCUGAUGAGUUUGUUCAUCUUUCCAUCUGAGCAGAAGAUGAACAAGGCAGUAAGUCUCCACUGGCUGCUUUGUUACUAUUCAAAACUAUUUCAGUACUACUUAUUUCAUACUGCUUUCAUUACUUCUCAAAUUAGUUAACUACUUUUAUAUAUAUAUAUAUAUUUUUAUGCUAGAUCUUGUAGAAUUAUACUGCUUUUCAUAGACAAGAUUUUAUAAAAAUGAAAUAUAUUUAGCUAAAAUACUCAACGUGUAUUUCUUAGCCUUAUGAAGCAAUACCAGUAUUUUUAACAGCUGUGUGUCAA